AGCAAGACGUUUUUAUCUAAAUCAAACGCGUAAUGUGUGUUUAAUAAUUAAACUCUAUUCUCCUUGGUUUUAGCUAAAUAUUAAGCAUGGAGAAAUAUAUCUGUGUAAAGGAUUUGGAAAAUGCAGCAUUAGAUUUGUUGCCAAAAGCAACGAGGGAUUAUUAUAAAAGCGGAGCGACGGAAGAACAAACACUGGCGGAAAACAGCACAGCUUUCAGAAGAUUACGCAUUCGCCCAAAAUGUUUAGUGAACGUGGAACGUACAGACUUACAAACCCGAGCUCUGGGUAACUAUGUGUCCAUGCCGGUCGGAAUAUCUCCGUCAGCUAUGCAGCGCAUGGCUCAUCCGGAUGGAGAACUUGCUAAUGUAAAAGCCGCUGAGGCGCAUGGCACUAUUUACAUUCUGAGUACUAUCGCUACCAGUUCCAUUGAGGAAGUGGCUCAAGCUGCGCCUAAAGCUACCAAAUGGUUCCAACUCUACAUUUACAACGACAGGGAGGUCACCAAGAGUUUGGUUGCAAGAGCUGAGAAGGCUGGUUUUAAAGCAUUAGUUUUAACGGUUGACACGCCGCUGUUUGGUAUCAGACGCGCAGAUAUUCGGAACCAAUUUACUCUACCUCCACAUUUGAAAUUGGCAAAUUUUGACGGGCAUCUAUCAACCAAAAUCCAAAGCACAAAAGGUGGCAGCGGUUUAAAUAAUUAUGUCAGUGGUUUGUUUGAUAAAUCAUUGACAUGGGAUGCAAUCAAGUGGUUAAAGUCUAUCACGAGUAUGCCUAUUAUCGUGAAAGGCAUUCUGCGACCUGAUGACGCCGUGAAAGCGAUUGAAGCUGGGUGUUCAGGAAUCCUAGUUUCCAAUCACGGUGCGAGACAAUUGGAUGGCGUCCCUGCCACGAUUGAGGUUUUGCCGGAGAUAGUAGAGGCAGUGAAGAAGUACAAUACUGAAGUUUACUUGGAUGGAGGUGUUACUACAGGAACUGAUGUCUACAAAGCUCUGGCACUGGGCGCAAGAAUGGUAUUCGUGGGUAGGCCUGCUUUAUGGGGCUUGUCAGUUGGAGGACAGGCUGGGGUACAGAAAAUGCUAGAUAUUUUCCGCACCGAGUUAGAGUAUACUUUACAAAUAGCAGGGACUCCAAGUAUUUCUGAUAUCACAAGGGACAUGGUAUGUCACGAAAGCGUCUACUGUAAAUUGUAAAUCCGUCACAUACCAGAGAAUGGCACAGCAAGAAACUAUAGAAUACUGUAUACUUUUGUUAAAAGAUACCCGACAACAAUACGGGUCGGGCAUUUUCUCCGAGAUCUAAAUUUUUGUAAUAUUAUUUAUUUGAAUAUAAAACUAUCUAAAUUU